ACUCAUUCAAACAAAUGCUACUUUUUAGAGGCUGCAGAGGAACAAGGAGGAGGAAGUAGCGAGAAGGACGAAGUUUCUUCUCCUGUUUUCCCUCCGCUUCGAUUGCUGCUGUUGUGAAGGUUAAUGAGAUCAUUCAGUCAUGGCGGAGGAAGCUGCAGAUGUAGUUCAGCUGCUAAAACGCCACAAGGCGAAGCUGAUAAAGAUUCUCAGUUCGGAUGCAGAUUUUGUCCUGCAGUCUGCACAUUCUUGUGAUCUACCUUCUGAUAAAGGCUACGAGCGGAUUAAAUCAUGUCGCGUUCCUAGUGAAAAAGUGCGAGACCUUUUGGAUCAUGUUAUCCAAAGAGGACCUAAAGCAGCACGAGGAAUGCUGGACCUACUGCAGGAACAGGACAUGCAGGAGACUUUUCCUAUGCUUGCUUUUGUUAAAGAUCUGCAUGUCAAAACACCGUUAUCAGUUCAAGAGUCUGAAUCUGAAGAUCAAAUUCCAACUAAAAAGGUCCGCCCCAAUGGCUGUUGUAAGGUUACAGAGAAGCAGCUGAUGAAGGUGGCUAGGGGUAUUGGCAGUUCUUGGAGGGAGAUUGGCAGACUGGCUCUGGACAUCCCGUCUGUGAGGUUGGAACAGUUUGAAGAGGAGACAAGAAUCCAUGUGGAACGAGUCUUCGCCAUGCUCCGAUACUGGCGCAAUCAGAAGAGAGAAGAAGCCACUGCUGCUUACCUGCAUUCCCUCCUGAGUCAGAAUGACUUAGACGUGCCUUCUGAGAGCAUUGACUUCCUGUUGGAGAAUGACUAAUAUCUUUUUCAACAAGAGACACCAGAUAUUUUUAAUUGGAAAUGUUUUUUUACUGGAAUUAAUUGAGUUUCUCAGUACAUACUAAUAAUAAUAAUACAUAACUAUGCUAAGAUUUGACUUUCAAACAUCAGGAACCAAUUGUGCACAUUUGUUUACAAAAUUUGAGUUCUAAAAGGGAUCCUUUCUAUUUUGAAUCAAAAAAAGAAAAGGAGCUUUGAUUGUUGAUUUGAUUGUUUUGACCUUUUUUAUUAUUUACUGUUAAAAGAAACUUGGAUUUAGAGUGGAAAUAAAUUCUCCUCCUAUAUUUUUGUAUGUAUUUUUGUAACGACUUGAAAAUAAUGUACGGUAAUAAAUUUUAACUUUUGUUAAUUUUCUCAUUCUCAGAGUAUUAGUGAUCAUAAUUUAGAAUUUCUUUUUAUUUGUUUUUUUCAUAUUUAAGUUAAGUUUAAGUCUUAAGAAACAUUUUAAUAGAACUUAAUGUUGAAAAACUUAUGUUAUACUUAUCUAGUUUUGCGGAAACCCUAGACCUUAUAAUUAGUGGUGGCCUAAUUGUUGCAACCCUUUACAAAUGUAAAAUUAAUGUGUCGUAAGGAUGCUUUACUGUUUUUGGAUUAUUAAAAUGUUCAUUACCUUCUUAAAUCUUUCUAUCUGAUAACAAUUAUCUGAUCACUAUGAUCAUUGCAAGAUAAAGGCAAAUCAUUUCUUGAUCUGUUAAGGCUGUCUCACAUACCUGCUGUUGUCUAGAUGCUUGUUUAGAGGUGACACUAUUAAAAAGGCCCAUUCUUCCUUAAA